AUGGAUCCAAAACAGGCCACCGCCUCUGAUGAUGAAGACGACUACAUGAACAUGACCUUCGACGAGCCCCCGGCAACCUCAUCACGGGGCGCAGAAACGUCGCUGCAACGCCGCCAGCGCCUCAAGCGCGAAGGCGAGAUCAAAGGACGCGUCAAGUCGAAAGAAGAAAACGCCGCCGAGGAAGAAGCCACCCGCGAAAAAGCCCUCUCGCGCUCUAUGCUCAAUGACGCGGCUGCCAAGAAGAGCAAGGGUCUUGCGAUGAUGGCUAAGAUGGGCUUCAAAGGCGGCGCGCUGGGUGCCGACGGCAACACCACUGCGAGGACAGAGCCGAUUGCUGUGGAGAUCAAGGACGGUCGCGGGGGUAUCGGUAUGGAGAGCGAAAGGAAGCGCAAGCUGCGUGAGGCGGCAGAGAAGUUCGAGGAAGAGGUCAAAGAGGGGAAGAGGGUCAAGAUCGACCCGCUCGAGUACCGCGAUCGCAUCAGGAAGGAGAGGGAGACGGCGCGAGUCCAGAGUCAGGUCUUUGCGGCGCAGAGGAUGGCAGAGAGGAUGGCGGAGGAGAAGAAGCUGGGCGUCGGAGAUGGGGAGAUUGUGGAAGACGCGGAGCUGAAGGAGAGGAAGAAGAAGUUGGCAACGGGGGCCAAGUCGAGGCCGCUCAAGUCCAUCAACGUGUUAUGGCGCGGGCUGGUGAGGCAUCGUGAGGAGAAAGAGAGGGAUCGGAAGAUGAAGCACGAUUUGGAGCAGAGCUUGUCGCGGCUGCCGACGUACGAGGAUGACCAGGAAGAUGAGGACGACCGGAUGGCGCUGGGAAAGAAGCAGACAGUUUACGUUACAGCGGAGGAUCUCGAUGAAGAGGAUCCAGAGCUGGACGAAUUCAACGAAUUGGAGGAAGCAGAGAAGCUGCGGCGAUUGGUGGAGUAUCUGAGAAAGGAGCACAACUAUUGCUUCUGGUGCAAGUACACAUAUCCGGACGCAGAGAUGGAGGGAUGUCCUGGAUUGACAGAGGAAGAUCACGACUAA